AUGCCACAUUUGGUUGCCGUACACACAACCUAUAGAGUCUCUUACCAGCCAGUCGGCAACACGCAGAGAGGCAUGAGCGACACCACCAAAGCCGGGUAUGACCCGCAAGUCGUUUCCGCGGAUGAGGUACAACACGUCAAGCCAUCUACAUCUAAGCAAGAAUCAAAGGACAACAUAAUGAGCCAAGCACCUGAGGGUCGUGUCGAGCCUGAAGCAGAUGCCUCGAGGCAGAAGCGAGAUGCUGAAAUAGCAGCUAUAGUAUCUGAAAAGAAGAUUCUGGAAGCAGAGUUGGCCCAAGUGAAAAAGGACAUGUCCAUAAUCGAAAACCAGCUGCAGUCCUCCAAGAGGGAGCUAUCGUCUCAGAAUCGGGCUUUACAGAAGCGUUUGCAAAAGGCCGAGAGUGACUCCAAGACGGCCAAUGUCCGAGCAACAACCAAGAUUACUGAACUCGAGGGUAAACUCUCUGCGGCAGAAAGCAAAGUCCAGCGUUUAUCUAGAGAAGCCUCUGCCACUAUUGACUCCAUGACUGUCACACAUUCACAACAAACGGCUGAAUACGAUGAUCAAAUCAGGCAGUUGAUGGACAGACUUACAUCUGAUCGAUCCGAGGGUAGAUGGAAUCCACCGCCCGACGAUGAGAUACGUCAACGACUAUCUAUCUUGAACAACGAUAUCAGAGACUGGUCGAGAGAUUGGGCUGUCCGCAAUCCCAACUUUGACCAACACUUUCAAGCAGAGCUCGUCAAGUUCUUAGCUGACUUCAUUCGCAUGGAUCGCGAAGGACGAUUGCCAUCAUAUUUCAGGAAAGCCCCCAGGAAAUUACACGAUAAGUUGUCGGCUACAUUACUGCAUGCGGCUGUUUCAGAUGAGAUCCAGGAUAGCUUUUUUGAAAGUCCAUUUUUCUGCCUCGGACAGCUGGAACAGCAUGCGAUGGAGUCGAUCUUCAAAGACUUGACGCUCGGUCUGCCCAUUUAUGGCGAGCAUCGUUAUGGCGUCAGCUACAUCCGGUACAUGUAG